UCGUGCACUGUGUGCGAACAACAACAGCAGAAAUGGCGUUGCAAGAGAAUAACAUUCGACUCGUUUUAUUCCUAAUUUUUGUGGUUUUAUCAUCAUUUUUCUGUCUUGAAGGACAAAGUCUGUCUACUGAAGGAACAAGCCACACAACAGGUACACCGGCAUAUCAUGACUAUAGUCAAUUGACGAAUUUUAUGCAUCAAUAUGCCAGAGACUAUCCCGAAAUUACGUUACUCCACAGCGUUGGAAAAAGCGUAGAUGAACGAGAGCUCUGGGCCCUGCAAAUCACCGACCGGCCCCAUGAGACAGAGCAAGGCGAGCCGUGGUUCAAGUAUGUGGGCAACAUGCAUGGAAAUGAGGCAGUAGGCAGGGAAAUUCUCAUCUAUUUGAUUCAAUAUCUGUGUGAGAAUUAUGGAACAGAUGAACGCAUCACAAAUCUUAUUAACAAUACAAAUAUUUUCAUUAUGCCGAGCAUGAACCCAGAUGGUUUUGAAAAUGGUCACGAAGGAGAUUGCAAAUCGUCAAUGUUGGGACGAAAUAAUGCAAAUAAUGUGGAUUUAAACAGAAACUUUCCUGAUCAGUAUCGUUCUGUGAACCCCCGACGUCAACCCGAAACGCAAGCAUUGAUUAAAUGGAUCGAGGAAAAUCCAUUUGUUUUGUCCGCAAACCUACACGGGGGAAGUGUCGUUGCGAGUUAUCCCUUUGACGAUUCAAAAAAACAUGCAGCGAUUGGAUUCUACAGUGGAACACCAGAUGACAGUGUCUUUGUUAUGUUAGCCAAGACGUAUGCCAAUAAUCAUCUGACAAUGGUGGGUCAUGAGGGAUGUUAUCAAGGGGAACAUUUCCCUGGUGGGAUCACCAACGGAGCUCAUUGGUACGAUGUGCCUGGCGGUAUGCAAGACUACAACUAUCUGCAUAGUAACUGCUUUGAGAUCACGAUUGAGUUGUCAUGUUGCAAGUAUCCCCCAGCAAGGAAUCUCCCUACAGAAUGGAGCAAUAACAAGGAAUCACUACUUGCCUACAUGGAAAUGGUUCAUCGUGGAGUGAAGGGAUUCGUGAAGGAUUCUUUAACUGGAGCUGGGAUCCAGGGUGCUGACAUAGUAGUGCAGGGUAUUGCUCAUAAUGUACGCUCGGCACAGUUUGGAGACUUCUGGCGAAUUCUCACUCCUGGGACCUACAGCAUAUCCGCUCAAGCUAAAGGGUACGUGACGAGCACACCAAAGACUGUGAAGGUAACUGAAGGUGGCCCAAUUGAGAUGGAAUUCCUCCUGGUAUCAGAAGUCAGUGAGACGGAUCGAGAUGCGAAGCAAACAAACCUCCCUGAAGAGAUAACUGAGCCAACCGUUUUCAAGCAUUACAACUACCUGGAAAUGGUUCGUUUCCUGCAUUCUUACGCAAACCGUUAUCCUCACAUUGCCAGCCUGUACUCUAUUGGGACUUCAGUCGAGGGACGCAUCCUCUAUGUCAUGGAGAUCAGUGAUAACCCAGGCAUCCAUGAACCAGGGGAACCCGAGUUUAAAUACGUGGCCAAUAUCCACGGCAACGAGGUCGUUGGUCGAGUAUUGGUCUUGAAUCUAAUCCAGUUCCUAUGUGAGAACUACGGGGGGUCAUCGGAGAUCAAAGCACUGGUGGAUAAUACCCGGAUUCAUCUUAUGCCGUCCAUUAACCCAGAUGGGUAUGAGAGGGCUCAUGAAGGUGAUAAAACCGGUGUCGUUGGACGCAACAACGCAAACAAUGUAGACCUCAACCGUAACUUCCCUGACCAGUAUGGUGCCCCUGAGGGCGCCAUACAGCCUGAAACAAGACACAUGAUGGAAUGGAUCCGAUCGUACCCGUUCGUUCUCUCCGCUGGUCUUCAUGGAGGUUCCCUGGUAGCCAACUACCCAUGGGAUGAUAACAGGCCCGGUACCCAUGGGUACAGCAAAUGUCCCGAUGAUGCUGUGUUUAUUCAAAUAACGGAAGCAUAUUCAAUGGCACACACCACAAUGCACAAGGGGCAUCCAUGUCCGAAACUGUAUCCUGAUGAAGAAUUUGAAGAAGGAAUUACCAAUGGAGCAGACUGGUAUAGUGUAGCAGGUGGAAUGCAGGACUGGAACUAUUUGCACAGUAACAGUUUUGAGAUCACUCUGGAGUUAGGAUGUGUCAAGUUCCCAUGGACUAAGGACCUAAAGUCCUACUGGAAUGCUAAUAAAGCCGCCAUGCUUACUCUUAUACAACAGGUACAAAAAGGAGUGAAGGGUUUCGUCCUGACAACAAAGGGUAAAAGUAUACAGAAUGCAACAGUAAGUGUAGUGGGAAUCAACCAUGAUCUUAUCACAGCUAUUGAUGGGGACUACUGGAGAAUGCUGGUACCCGGCACAUAUGAGAUUACUGCUUCUGCCGACAGCUUUCUCCCGCAAACCCAGAUUGUAUCAGUGGAAGCAGAUUUGGCGACAGAGCUGAAUUUCACCCUCGCACGUGUCAGCGGAUACAAACAAAAGUCAAUCUCAAAUGACGCUGUUUUAACUGAUGCUGUCCUGACUGACGACCAAUGGGCUGAAAUGUACGACUUUAGUCUACCUCAGGACUUCACAAAGUACCUCUCCAACAGUGAGCUAAACGUUAAAAUAUAUGAUGAUCUGGUGACGAAGUACAAGGACCACAAAGUUGUCAAGUUGGCGCAUCUUACAGGAACCCCUUCUGAGCAUGACAUUUAUGGAGUUGAAGUGACCAAUCAGGAUAUCAGCUCUGACGGGAUUAACAAGCCGAGGGUGGCUCUGAUUGGUGGAUUGAAAGGGGAUGAGCCGGCUGGACGGGAGAUUUUAUGGAGAUUUAUUCAGCAUCUUGCAGAAGGUUUUGCAAAGGGUGACAGUAGAGUCUCUGAGCUGCUGAACAAAACGUCAAUAGUGAUCGUGCCAUCAGUGGAUCCUGAUGGAUUUGAUAAAGCUGUGGAAGGCCAAUGCACGGAGAAGAAAGUGGAUGAUCAGGUCAUCCCUCAGGCAGAACCGUCUAAAAAACCGGAGAGAAUUCUCAAGAGCUUUUUGGAGGCAUCGAAGUACACUCUGGUGCUCAGCAUUGAAGCCAGGGGCAUGUGGGUCAGAUAUCCCCUGGACAACCCCGUUGAGAAUAAUAGACUUGUCCAAGGCGGAAUCACUGAUGAUGAAGAUCUAUUGUCAUAUUUAGCCUCUUCCUAUUCCCUGGACCAUCCCACUAUGCACACGGAGGUGAAUUGUAAUGGGCACCGGUUCCACUCGGGGGUGGUCCGAGGGGCUGAAUGGAACCCUACCCGAGACACUCUUCAGGAUUUCAUGUAUUUGGAACAAGGAUCUUACAUGAUAAGCAGUCAUGUGACAUGUUGCAAGUAUCCUGAUCAUACAGAGUUGAAGAAACUCUGGAAGGACAACCUGGAACCUCUCAUGGGAUUUAUUGCACAAGCUCAACAAGGUGUUCAUGGUGUGGUUCAAGAUAACGAGGGUCACCCACUACCAGAAGCCAUCGUCUCAUUGGACGGUCAUAUCCGUAACAUCACCCUCUCUAGACCAAUGGGGUCGUUCCGUCAACUGCUGACCCCCGGGGAGCAUGAGCUUAGGAUCUAUGCUCCUGGGUAUCUUACCAUCAUCAAGCAUCUCACUGUAGAGAAGGAUCAGAUGCAUGAGAUUACGGCCAAACUUCAUAAAGAGGUAACUUUGAUCUACCAUAACUACGAUGAGACUGAGAAAUAUCUGCGCCGAUUGGCAAACGGCUUCCCUGAAAUUACUGACUUGAAGAGCAUCGGACAGUCAGCCAAGUUUCGUCAACUCUGGGCUCUAGAGAUCAGCAAGAAUCCUGGUCAGCACACUCCGGGCAAACCAGAAGUUAAAUUAGUUGCUAAUAUCCAUGGCAACGAACCAGUGGGACGGGAAAUACUACUGGCAUUUGCUCAUUAUUUGUUGCAUAGCUAUGGAAACGAUGACGCUAUUACACAGAUGAUUGACAAUACCCACAUCCACAUUCUAGCCAAUAUGAACCCAGAUGGGAGUGAGACUGUGUGGGGUUCCGAGGGAACCUGCUCUGGUGACAAAGGGGCAAGGAACUCGCAAGAUGUAGACCUGGAACAAGACUUCCCAAGUGUGGCAGUAAACAGGAGCGACGCCGACCUCCAGCCAGAAACGAGGGUUGUGAUUGGCUGGUUGCAGAGUAGACCGUUCACUCUGUCAGUGGCCCUAUAUGGUGGCACACUAGUGGUCAGAUACCCUUACACAAGAAGCACCCACCGGGCUUAUGCUGGAAGAAAUCUACCCAACCCAACUCCAGAUGACGACAUAUUUGUUCACCUUGCAAGGAAGUAUGCAAAACUACACCCAACAAUGCAUUUAGGAAAACCAUCGUGCCCCAACGAUAUUGCCACUGAGUUUGAGGAUGGUAUAGUGAACGGAGCAGCUUGGGAAAGCUAUGCUGGUAGUAUGCAGGAUUACAACUAUGAUUUUGCAAACUGUUUGGAGAUUGCUGUAGCAGUAGGUUGCUGCAAGUAUCCGAAGCAGUCGCAGCUGCAGCCACUGUGGAACGAGCAUCGCAGUUCUCUCCUAGAGAUGCUUAAAGAAGCCCAUCGAGGCAUCAAAGGCUUCGUGCGUGACAUCCGCGGCCAACCGAUCGCUGGCGCGAAAAUAUCCGCCCAGGGUAAAACUCACCACACAGUAUCGUCAAUAGAGGGAGACUUUCACCUACUGCUUCUACCGGGGACCUAUACACUGACUGUAGAGGCUGAGGGGUCUGGGACCCAGACUCGGGAACUGUCUAUAAGCAAGGAGAUGGCUGAUGAAGCGGUGCUGGUGGAUUUUGAGAUGGAAGCAAAAAAGGAGAUUCUAGGUCUGCCGCCAUUGAUAUUUAUCACAGUUACAGUCGUUGGAGUGUUGCUUCUCAUCCUAACCAUGUUAUGUCUCAUCCGAAUCUGCCACACUCCAUCAACGGGUCGUCGGAAACAAGGCUUCUAUCGUCUGGACGGAGAGAAGAUGUACCAGGAAGAAUACGAGGAUCGGAUCGCUCUGAAAGGCUUCAACAAUUCCUCCAAGCAUCCACUCUUGAAUAAUGUUGAGUAUCACGACUUCUUAGACUCCGCCAGCGAUGAUGAAACUAUGUUCACUAGGAACAGUUCACACUGACGCCAUGGCUGCUCAGAGACUGGAAAAUCAAUUCGCAUUCGGAAAGGUUCUCCAAAGACGUGGCCGCCACCAGCCACUUUGUGAGGAUGAACACUAAUUAUAGAUUAACUAUGAUGGAGCCAAGUAUAAUAAUACUAUUAUUUGCUUCUUGUACAGUGCUCAAAUCUGCCAUGCAGCGACGCUCCUGGCACUCAAACACUAUACGCCAUUUUGAGGUAUGGCGGACACAAACUAUGACACUAUUAGGUUGGGGUAAAUCUGAUCAUAUCAACCCAAACCUAACAGUGCAAUCCCGUAGUGACCACCAUUUUAAAAAAAAGGCU